AUGAUUUGUCGUAGCCAACAUGACAUACUACAUGUGAUCGUUUUGUCGAGAUUCUCUGUUAAGUGCUCAAUACAGCACUUCGUUUGUCUUCAACCACCACUUCAACACCUCAAGGCCUCAAAUUCGCUCUUGGUCUGUCGCACACUCAACGCACAAGCUCUUAUGCUUCAAGAUAAAGAGGUCAAUGUCACGGCCGCAGAUGAUGCUUACUCUAAGCUGCCUGAAACAUACGAGAUGUGGCAGAACUUGGUCAAUACUCUAUUCCCAACUACCGCUGACUCGAUUCGAGAGAAACACGCGAAUGCUCGACCGGAGAAGUUCUGGUGGUAUCCGUGGAUGACCUUGCGCCCGUUCUUCAAGUCCAAAGGGUACACCCUCUUUGACUACGACAUAUCAAAGAAAAAUCGGCUGCCCAAAUUUGAAGGGUCACCCGCUCUGGACUCUUUUGGACUCUUCGGGAAUCGUGACCCAAAAGUGAUGGAGCGGACCUGGGGCAACUCGUCUACUACAGCUUGGCCUGCCCGAGAUGAACAAAACAGGGAUGUUAUGAUUAAAGUUGUCGCCAAAACCUUCCAGGAAUGUCCUGAGGGGUCGACUGAGCUUCGCAUAUUGAAAUUCUUGAGCUCUUCCGCUAUGAGAGCCGAUCCCAGGAACUCGACCAUCAAAAUCCUGGAAUUUCACGAUUAUCAUGGAUGGCAGUUCGUGGUCAUGCCAUAUCUUGAUUGCUGCGCCGAUUAUCCCUUCUUGUCGUUGAAGGAAUGCCUCGACUUUGCUUGUCAACUAUUGGAUACACUAGCCUUUCUGCACGAGAACAAAAUCGCUCAUCUCGACAUCUCUCACGAAAACAUCUUAAUGAAUCACCAUGGUGCUCUUCCCAGGAGGGAAUGCAUCACCGAAGAAGCUAUCCUAAUAUUUGACCCAGUGCCAGAAUUUCGAUCCACCUUCCCGGUCAAGUAUUUUAUGAUCGACUUUGGAAAUUCGGUCUUCUUUUCACCAGGACUUAUACCUUCCGAAUGCCUUGUUCCCCCAAAGGAUUGGGGGCGACCGCAUCGCGCUCCGGAAACGAGUGGACAUGCGGUGUUCAACCCUUUUGCGGCUGAUGUGUACCAAACUGCGCAGUUCUUCUAUAUAUUUUUUGGGAAGGCGAUCUCCCCCGCCAUCCCCGGUCUUCUGGAAUUGUUGCAAGACAUGGCGAGUGACCAGCCAUCUGAACGCAUCUCGAUGGGAACUGCAGCCUCUCGAAUGAGGAAGUUGUACGAGACCUUAUUGCGAGAGAACUCGCAGGUCGACAAGGUUGUUGUCGAACUUGCGGAUUUUGAGAAAAUCCCAAGGCGCUUGUAG